AAAACGAAGCCGGUGAGAACGUAACCAUCAAUGGCGACCGUUAUAGUUUGUUGAUAACCGACUAUUUCAUGCGUGAAAUUGAAUCAAAGAAUUUAUUGAGAGAAUACAUCGUUGAGCAGCUGAUUUCAUGUUUUCGGCCGGUCGAUUGCCCACUAAGAUCGCACCCCUUUGACUAUGGGGAUAUGUAAAGUCUAAAGUAUAUGCGGACAAUCCCGCUUCGAUUCUGGCCCAGUCCAAAUGCUCGAACGAGUCAUCGAAAAUUGGUCUCAAAAACUAGCGCAGAGCUCAAAAGUAGUGAGCAAAGAAAUGACGAAACGAAGACGACUAAGAUAUAAAAAGUAAACUGUACAUAAGUCGCUUUCCCACACUAACACGUUUUACUUUUACCUGUUUCAUAUUGAAAAUCUGUUAACGAAAGUUUUUCAAAUCAUAAGUAAAGUCAAGAUGUUUUCAAAACAAUUUGCAAGAAAUGUCGUAUUACUUUCAAACAACAAUAAUUUACUGCAUAUUUAUAUUUUUGAUGUGCUUGCGUGGAGGAAGGUCACAAUACAAUAUACAUCGAAGAGAUCUGGAGCCAAAGGUGGAGGUCAGCGAUCCAACGAAAGGUCUAACCGAUGCCGAAAUCGAUAUGGCACUGGACGAUCUCUCCAUAUCGGAUUUGAAUGUGCUAAAUAAACUUAUUGACAGGCCGAAUGCGCCGGAUUACGACUACGUCGAUUACGACAGCCACAAUUAUGCUUUGGGUCCACCGCGCGACCACACCUUCGACGGAAACCCUAUGGAUGACGAUGCGAAUCUAAAUUAUUAUGAUGACAUAGAUGAGCCACCGAGAGAUGCGCGCAAUUCUAUGCAUUUCAAAAUACCGCGCAAGAGCCUGAUGCCCUUCAUGGAACAAACGGAGAAUCAACGAACGAAACGCGACAACGGGCACGAAAUAAAGCAGGCCGCCGUGGACGCUGAGUACAUACGACAACUUGAGAACUCCUUUCCACGCGACCAAGAAGAAAAUAAUGAGGAGGGCGAUGACAAGAAGGAGCACAUACGCGUGAAACGCAAUUGACUGUAGAGUCUGAACUAUUCGGCUAUAUCACACAUGCAUUCAUAUAUUACUUUCUAAUUUAUGACCUUUUUUACGAUUUCAAUAAAAUUAUAUAUUUAUCAAUAAAUGCAACGCUGCAACGUCAAAUGAUA